AUGACAUCCUUCAUCGCGUCUGAUAAGCAGAACGCGCUUCACUACCACAUCCUCCACCCUGAUAGCGGAACUCGGGUUUCGCGGCCUGUUUAUGAUUUGUCCAUUGGAGCUUAUGUUGCAGCAGGUAGGCCUCAACAUGCCGCCCAUAUCUUUAAGAAGACGAAGAGGCUCCGUCUCAAGCCGAAUGUGCUCACUUGUAACACUUUGUUGAAUGUUUUGGUGAAAUAUCCUUCUCAUCAUACUUUUUCUUUGUCCAAGGAUGUUUUGGAAGAUGUGAUCAGUCUCGGCGUCAAGGUUAACUCCAACACUUUCAACAUUGUGAUAAAGGGGUGCUGCUUAGGGAGCAAGUUUGAAGAGGCAUUGGAGCUUGUGGAUAAAAUGACGCUGCAUGGUUGUUCACCGGACAAUGUUACGCAUAACACGAUCUGGACGGAAUGUGCAAGAAAGGGAAAUUGA